AUGAGUCAAUUGGUCGUGGAUCUAAAUGAACUUGAAGGAUUAUUACCGUCGAACGGUUCUAGGUUUAGAGUCGUGGCUCAAUUGAUAGAAUUGGAAUACCUCGAGGGGACUUCAAAAGUAAUAUUAGGAAACUUGCCAGAAUUUAGAUAUUCUGAUGAGGGUAAAACUCUUAAAGCAACUAUUGGAACAUCCGUCUAUGAAUCUACGUUUCUUCAAGGUAACCGUGUUCCUCAGAGGGGCGAUGCUGUAAGUGUUUGGCUUGUAGUAUAUGCAUUAGGGGAAGAGAGGUGCUGGGAAGUAUUAGAAUUGAAGACUAUUACUACCAAGGAAUUAAAUCGAUUGAGAAUAUUCUGGGAAUCAUCUUGGGGUCAUGAGUUUAGAGCUCUUUCAAGUUCAUCGAGAAGAGAUGAUGUUGCUGAUCACAAUGAAAAAUUGUGA